AAUUUAACGCACAUAGAAAAAUAUUUCAUAGUGCGUAAUUCUUUUAAAAGUGGGUUGCCACACUGCGGGAUUAAGCAGUCGAUAAAGUUUCCGUCACUUUUGUCGACGUACAUUUCAUCGGGUUACACAAAAUAUGUCGCACUUUAUUUGAGCGUCGUGUUUAGAAUUCAAGAAGGAUAGAAUGACUCUAUAUGCGAGCUCAAGUCUUUCUAUAGUGGGAACAGUUUUAUUUUUUUCCCUACUAUGGAUUUUUAAAUCUUCAAAAUAAGUCUGUACCUGCGCAGUUCGACAGCUGUUUUGAGUGAUUAAAAAGGCAUUGCCCUAUUCUUAGGGAACUGGAAGGAUAUAAGAUGUUGGUGUAUCCAACAAAGGCGUGUCCCACAAAUGAAGAAGAGUGGAAUGAUAGAUCAACUGCUAUCAAGUGUACCACGAACCGUACCUACAUGUGUUUACCAAACAAAAAUUUUACAGAGCUUUUGGAGUUCUGUAACACGUAUCCUCAAUUUCUGAUUUCAAAGGAUAUCUGUUUAUAUUUGGACCAAAGCAACAAAAAAUUAGAGGCAUACGCAUGCCACAGUUUUGAAUCCGGAUGUCCUAAUUCACCCUAUUCCACCUCUAAAAUCUUUCAAUACCAAAGUUGUUUACAUAUUGAAAAUGGUUGUUUUUCUGCUGAGCAAACUUGUGAAAGGCAUAUCCACACAAAGAAUGUUCCUAUCAACGACAACAAAAACCUUCUUUUGGUUGGACCAAUUUUCGGAUUAAUUGUUCCUUUCUUGGUUUUAAGCAUGAUACUUUACUACUUUAAAAUGAGAAGAAAACCUGCUAUUGCCAAAAAACAAAUAUUCGACGAAGAACGUGCUCAACUUAUGAAAAAAAAUACUCCUAAUGAUAGACCAGCAAUUAUGGAAGAUACGCCAUUCACAAAAGCUAUUUUUAACCAAUGGGAACAGGACGAUUCUUGUUUUAUUUCAACACAGGCGUGUAAAGAAGUAGAGAAAAUGAUUGAAAGCAGGAACCUGGUUAUUGUGGCUGGUCACUCAGGAUCCGGAAAGUCAGCCAUUAUUCAACAUAUUGCGCUCAAAUACAGAGAACAGGGCUGGACCUUAAGACGAGUAAUGGAGGUAAAAGACAUUGUGAAUGAAUUAUAUUCAAGUCGAUUUCAAAAGAAUAAAACCAUGUGUGUUUUCAAUGAUCCAUUAGGAAAAGAAUCAUUUGAUGAAAUACUGAAUAGUUCAUGGCAAAAAUAUGAGGAAGAAUUGAAGGUAUACUUAAAAAACGCAAAACUUCUGAUGUCCUGUAGAAAUCACAUUAUUUUUGAUGUUAGAUUGAGACGUUUUGUCGUGAAUCAGUCACCUACUAUCAUAAACAUCGAUGAUAACAAAAACAAAUUAUCCAUUGAUGAAAAACGGCAGAUUUUGACAAAAUAUACAUCCGGAAUGAAUUUAUCCGAAAGAGAUUGUGACGAGAUCGUUAAAGUAGAACAGUAUUUCCCAUUACUGUGCAAAUUAUGUUCUUGCAAAAAAGAUUACAAAAAAAAUGUAAUAGAGUUUUUUACAGAACCCUUAACAGUGCUGAAAGAGGAAAUUUUAGGGUUCAGAACAAAUGACAAGUAUAAAUAUUGUGCUUUGGCUCUCCUUGUCCUCUUUAACGAUGAUCUUUGCAUAAAAGAUAUUUUAGAAACUAAACACACUGAACACAAAUUCAAGCACACGUUAAAACUAUGUGGAUUGCCAGUGAACACGCAACCAUCAGUUAUUCGUAACAAUCUGAACUCCCUAAUGGGGGUUUUUGUCAAAGCAACUGGCGACAAGUAUAAUUUUUCUCAUGAUUUUGUGAUGGAAGUAACCACCUUUGUUUUUGGAAACGAUUAUCCCUCAGAAAUAGUAAAAUACGCUGAUAUCGACUUCCUUAGAAGAAAAGUAAAAUUGGGAAAUUGUGAUAAACACGACUACUCGUUCACUAUUUAUCUGAGUGACAGAUACAUUGAAGAACUUGGAGAAAGACUUUUUUCUGAACUAUUUGGAAAACACCUUUUAGAUGUCAUACUCAAUCCCAGUCUAAGGAAUAAAAAAAUAAUCAAAGUACUGAAAAAAAAGAUUACAGAUCAUCCCGCAAAUCUACAAAUGUUACUAGAAACCAAAAAACUAGCAUUAGAUAAACAGGAGAUUGAUUGGAAUUCUAAUAAUUUAUUAAUGUCUAAAUUUCAUUUUUUGAAUCUAGAAAAUGAAGUAUCGCCUCUUUUUGCUCUGAUUGUAUUUUGUCACACACAACUAUCACAAUACGGUGUAAUAACUCUACAACAACAAAAAAUCGAUUCAACCAGAUGGCAUCUGAUUCCUGCUAUGUGUUGCAAUGGUUCAGUAGCAUUGUUUAAUAGUGUUUUUAAAGACAUUGCGGAAAAAUUUUUCAAAAAGACUUGGGGAGUGCUAUGUCCUAUUCACAUUGUAUCGGGGUUCCAUAAUUAUCAACUACUGAAUGAGUUGAUUAAUGUAGGUGUAGAUGUCAAUCAAAAGACUGAUGAUUACGGUGGUUGGACGCCCCUUUUGUUUGCAGCUGGUAAUGAUACCCAGGAAUACGGAGACUAUGACCAUACAGAAUCUGGUGCAGAACGAAAAUAUGAAACUAUACAACUUUUACUGAAUCAUGGAGCAGACAUUAAUUUAUGUAUGAAGGACGGAACCAGUCCUCUCUUUGUAGCUUGUGAAAACGGUGAUAAUAGCAUCGUACAACUUUUACUGAGGAAUAGGGCAGCCAUUAAUUUAUGUCAGAUAAACGGAACCAGUCCUCUUUAUAUAGCUUGUCAAAACGGUCAUGAGAGCACUGUACAACUUUUACUGAGAUAUGGAGCAGACAUUAAUUUAUGUCAGAUAGACCAAGCAAGUCCUCUCUAUACGGCUUGUCAAAACGGACAUGAUAACACUGUACAACUUUUACUUAGCAAUGGAGCAGAUACUAAUCUAUAUAAAUGGGACGGAACCAGUCCUCUCUGUACAGCUUGUGAAAACGGUCAUGAGAGCACUGUACAACUUUUACUGAGUAAUGGAGCAGAUAUCAAUAUAUGUAUGGAUGACGGAACCAGUCCUCUCUAUAUAGCUUGUCAAAAAGGACAUGAUAGCACUGUUCAAUUUUUACUGAGCAAUGGAGCAGACAUUAAUUUAUGCAAGAAAAAUGGAUCCAGUCCUCUCUAUAUAGCUUGUCAAAACGGACAUGAUAGCACUGUACAACUUUUACUUAGCAAUGGAGCAGACAUUAAUUUAUCUAUGAAGGACAAAACAAGUCCUCUCUAUACAGCUUGUUAUGUUGGAAAUGAAAGUACUGUGCAACUCUUACUAAGUAAUGGGGCAGACAUUAACUUAUGUAAAAAAAACGGAACCAGUCCUCUCUAUAUAGCUUGUCAAAACGGACAUGAUAGCACUGUACAACUUUUACUGAGUAAUAAGGCAGACGUAAAUUUGUGUAAAGAAAACGGAACCACACCAUUCCAUACAGCUUGUCAAAACGGACAUGAUAGCACUGUUCAACUUUUACUGAGUAAUGGAGCAGACAUUAAUUUAUGUGAUGAGGACGGAGCCAGUCCUCUCUAUAAAGCUUGUGAAAACGGACAUGAUAGCACUGUACAACUUUUACUGUGUAAUGGAGCAGACAUUAAUUUAUGUGACAAAAACGGAACCAGUCCUCUCUAUUUAGCUUGUCAAAACGGAUAUGUUUGCACUGUUCAACUUUUACUGAGUAAUGGAGCAGACAUUAAUUUAUGUGACAAGAACGGAAUCAGUCCUCUCAGUAUGGCUUGUUUUAACGGACAUGAUAGCAUUGUAUUACUUUUACUGGGUAAUGGAGCAGACAUUAAUUCGUGGAACGAAAAGGGAGCCAGUCCUUUCUGUAUAGCUUGUGAAAACGGGCAUGAUAGCACUGUACAACAUUUAAUGAGAUAUGGAGCAGACAUUAAUUUAUGCAUGGAGGACGGAGCCAGUCCUCUCUAUACAGCUUGUCAAAACAGACAUUUGAGAACUGUACAACUUUUACUGAAUCAAGGAGCAGACAUAAAUUUAUGUAAGAAAAAUGGAGACAGUCCUCUCAAUAUAGCUUGUAAAAACGGACAUGAAUUCAUAGUGCAACUUUUACUGAGAAAAGGAGCAGACAUUAAUUUAUGUAUGGAGGACGGAACCAGUCCUCUCUAUACAGCUUGUCAAAACAGACAUUUGAGAACUGUACAACUUUUACUGAAUCAAGGAGCAGACAUAAAUUUAUGUAAGAAAAAUGGAGACAGUCCUCUCUAUAUAGCUUGUAAAAACGGACAUGAAUUCAUAGUGCAACUUUUACUGAGAAAAGGAGCAGACAUUAAUUUAUGUAUGGAGGACGGAACCAGUCCUCUCUAUACAGCUUGUCAAAACGGACAUGAUAGCAUCGUACAUUUUUUACUGUGGAAUGGAGCAAACAUUAAUUUAUGUUUGCAGGACGGAACCAGUCCUCUCUCUGUAGCUUGUCAAAACGGACAAAAUAGCACAGUACAACUUUUACUGAGAUAUGGAGCAGACAUUAAUUAGGGCCCCGCAAGGACUUGCGGGUGCCCUAUAGUAAUCACUCUGUCCGUCCGUCCUUCUGUCCGUCCGUCCGUCUGUCACUCUUCCGUCCACAAAUUUCCUGUUUUUUUCUAAUAACUUUUUUUAUGGUUGCCCAAUCAAGUUCAAAUUUGGUAUGGUAGUUCAGUAGGCAGAAAUACAUAUUUUGAUGCUAAGUUUGGUUCUCUAUGUCUUCUGGUUUGGAACUGGGGUGGUGGGGUAGAUUCCUAACUAUGCAUAAGAAGAAUGGGCAAAGAGAGAUAACUGCUGAAAAUGUUACCAUUGUAUACAUGGAAGGCUGUGCAAUAUUUGUCCUUUGGGAUUAAUUAACCUUCCACAGGAAGAAAAUCCUAAGCUUUAUCUUUAUCUGUCACAUUGAGAUUAAUUACUGCACUGCCUGUGUCUGCAAAUGAACUUUGUUCUGAAGUUAAGGUCAAUUUUGAAUGAUGUGUAGUAUUGUGUACAUUCUUUGAAAUAUGGAUUUAAAAUAUAAUAUUCAUGUUUUAUUUUGGUUAAAAUACCGUACACAAUGAUUUAUAAUAAUUUUAUUUAAUAGAGGCAAAGCAUAGGUAUCAUUGCAUUGGUAUCAAUUCUUUGUUUUUUUAACAAAUUUUAUUUCAUCCCAUGUUAACCCACUUUAUCCCGUGGAUAUGACUCAUUGGAUAUUUUUUUGAUAUCCCACAGUUGUGACUUUACAAUGGGACUUGCCUAGGCAUAAUGAAGUAAAAUAAUGUAGAGUUUUAUAAACAGUGUAAACAUUGAUUGCGGUGUAUAAAACAUGGGAUAAAUAGAAUCUCAUGAUUUGUAGUAUAAUAUGAUUUUUAUCCAACUUGUGUGUUUUAUCCCUUCACUAAGACUCAAGAAAAAAACACUUUAAUUGUUGGAUGAAAAUCAUAUCCAACUACAAAUCACGAGAUCCUAUAUAUUCCAGCUCUUUACAUCUUCUGCCGGGCAUUUAUUUCUCAUCAUUGUUAAUAUAAAGAGGAUGGAAUUCAAAGUUUUUUUCAGUUCUCUAUAUUAAUUGUCAUAGCGGGGCCCUUCCUGACUGGUCAGUUUUCUAGUUCAUGUAUGGAAAACGAAGCCAGUCCUCUCUAUAAAGCUUGUGAAAACGGACAUGAUAGCACUGUUCAACUUUUACUUAGCAAUGGAGCAGACGUUAAUUUAUGUAACGAGAACGGAGCCAGUCCUCUCUAUAUAGCUUGUCGAAACGGACAUGAUAGCACUGUUUAACUUUUACUGAGUAAUUGAGCAGGUAUUAAUUUAUGUAAUGAGGACGGAACCAGUCCUCUCUAUAUAGCUUGUGAAAACGGACAUGAUAGCACUGUACAACUUUUACUGAGUAAUGGAGCAAACAUUAAUUUAUGCAACAAAAACGGAGCCAGUCCUUUCUAUAUAGCUUGUGAAAACGGACAUGAUAGCACUGUACAACUUUUACUGAGUAAUGAAGCAGACAUUAAUUUUUGUGAUAAGGACGGAGCCAGUCCUCCUUAUACAGCUUUUCGGAACGGACACGAUAGCACCGGGCAACCUUUAUAAAAUAGAAAAAUAGAAAAGCAAACAUUUAUUGAUGCAAAAGAAAACAACACCGGAACCAGUCCUCUUCAUAUUGCUUGCAAAAACGAACGAUACUACUAUACAAUUUUAAUUGAGUAAUGGAACAGUCAAUAAUUUAAGUGAAAAUAACGGAGCUAGUCCUCUCUAUAUAGAGUGUAUAAACAGACCUUAAAACAUUGUACAUGUAUAACUUUUUCUGAGAAAUGAAGCAGACAUUAAUUUAUGUAAGAAAAAUUGAGCAAAUCCCUUUUAUAUUGCUUGCAAGAUCGGAUAUGUAACCUUGAAUAACAUUUUCUGAGUACCGGAGAGAAAUUUAUAUAUGAAAUACGGAACUAGUCCUCUCUAUAUAGCUAGAUAUGUUGGACAUGAUAGCACUGUACAACCUUUACUGGGUAAUGGGGCAAACAUUAAUUUAUGGGAAGAAAACGGAACCCGUUCUCUCUUUCUAGCUUGCCAAAUCGGGUCUGUAAGCACUAUACAACCUUUACUGAGCCAUAGAGCAACCAAUAAUUUAUAUAAGAAAAACGGAGCCAGUUCUCUCUAUAUAGCUUGCAAAAACGGACGGGAAAGCAUUGUACAACUUUAACUGAGAAAAGAAGCAAACAUUAAUUUGUGUAAGAAAAACUGAGCAAGUCCUGUUUAUGUGAAGAAAAUGGAACCAGUCCGCUCUAUAGAUCCUGUCAAAAAGACAUACUUUUACUAAAAAUGGAGCACACAUUAAUUUAUGUAAAGAAAAAUGGAGCCAAUCCUAUCUUUUAGCACUGUGCAACUUUAACAUAGAAUAGGAGCAGAAAUUUAUUUUUGUAAAGAAAACAACCAAUCCUCUCGGUAUAGCUUAGAAAAACGGGCAUGACAGCACUGGACAACUUUUACUGAAGAAUAUAUAAACCUUUAUGUUUGUAAGACGAUGCAGGUCCUUAAUAUGUUGCUUUUGUGAGAAGACUGUUAAUUUUUUGAUUUGAAAAAUGACCUAUGGAAAUCAAUCCUGUUUUGAAAGGUGUUUAGAUAAAUUUGAUAGUGCUGUUGCAUUUUUACUGCAGAAAAACAACGGCCGAAAUACUAGUAAUAUGUAUAAUCUGGAUGAUUGAUUUUCGCUCUUUGUAUCGUGGUUUGGUUAUAAGGGCGAGAACACCAUUCAUGCUUCACAGCAUUCAGGUUGUCAUUCAUCCGGACACGAUGCGUUGGGCGAAAGAAUUUGUAGACACUCGUUUAAAGAAAUUAUGACAACCACCACACUGGUAACGAAUAUCUGAUGAAAGACUACACAAAUCAGUCAUAGAUCUAGGCACACAUAUAUCAAAAUUCCUCGAUCAUUGUAAAACGUUCCUUGUGUCGGAAUGUUAUAUCACCGCACAUGCGAAAACCAUAUACAGUAUAGAGGAAAACAUACGCCUCCGUUUUAUUUUCGCCCCUUUCGAUCGUUGUCAGCGUUCGAAUUCAAGACUGGGCGAAUUCUAAUAUUCCAAGUUAUUUCUUUAGUACUCAAACGAGUCUGUGUGAAUUUUUUAAGACAGGACAAAACCGUUUGCAAGUGUAGAAGGACGAAAAUAACACGGGGCGAAAAUAACCCUGUAUACAGUAAUGCAGUAAAUCGUGCGGUAACAGCAUAUACUUCAGAAAAUUGUGUUUAACUAUCUAUUUUUAGAAACUGAUUAAAAUAGAUGGAGCACAUUGUUACUUUUACAAUCGAUUAUUUACGACAUGUAUGUGGGAUGUAUGCCGGGGUUUUCAAUAUGAUGCAAACAAUAUGAACUCUGUGUGAACAACACAGGUGUUCGAUGUGCACGCAAGGCAGCACCAUCUAUUCAUCAUGAUUCGGAAAGCACUCCCUUGACAAUGUAUUCAUUUUAAUGCUCCUGUUUAUUUUCUAUUGACUUGGGGUUGUUUUUUCCGACAUCUUUCGAACUCAUUACUACGAAAUAAAGUUCAUGCAUUUAGAGGUCCGUGCAGUCUGACUUUCUCGACCAGUAAAUCUACCCCCAGUAGCAGCUGAGGAGCGAUCGUAACUAUUAUGGUGACCAAAUACUUUUUAAAUUCAUAUCAGUUUUAAUGUAUGAAAUACUUAUUUCUUGUUACAUUAAAAUACAUGUACAAAAAGUAGUAUUGUGGAUUUGUCAUAAUUUUUUGUUAUUUUUGAUUAGUUGCUGAACGGAUGCACUAAUUAAAUCUUUAUUAAAGUAGAAUGAAGGCAACAGUAUCCACUUGUAAGAUUUUCUAGAAUUGAUUAUCCUCAACACUGUGUUUAGAAAAAAAAAAUAAUGCCCCUGAUUGAAAUAUGGAAAGGACAGUAUUGUAAAAUACGUUAAAAGACGGAAAGUUGUAGCAUCAUCGCUCAAAACGUUUGCCGUUAAUCUACAAACAGAAUUUGAAUAUUUGACUGUAAAAUUGUAGCUGCAUCGAUUUUCGAUUGUUUGAUAAUUCUAGUACUUAUUUGUGUUGAUGAAAUGUAUAUAAAAUCUUAUAUUGAUAACAAUCCAAUUUGAACAGGCUUAUUUCAUUUGUUAGGUACUAUUGAUAACUAAUUAGCUGGUAUGGAAAUUAUACGUGAUUUUAGUCAUUACCAAGCUAAGUAAAAUGUUAAUGUUAUCAAAUUGUUUGAUUUUAGUAAGGAAAAUAUUUAUAGAAAUUAAGUUUUAUUAUAGUGUCGUAUAUAUCUGAAUUGUAUAUGGUCCUUGUGUAAAGCAAAUGAUGUUCUGAACCAGUCAUAUAUCCAUUGUUCUUGAUUUGUUAUUGAAUUUGAAUGAUAUCAAAAUAUAAAUUUGUAGAGCCUUA